GUUGGCUACACUUCGAGGUGGCGGAGAGCCGCCCAGUUCCGUAACUCGUCCCUCCUUCGCUCCCGGCGCUUAUUGGAGUUGCAGAGCGAAAAUGGCGACGCAAGCGUGCAGGAUCCCGGCACGACGUUUGCUGCUGGUGCGGGGCGGAGGACUCUACGUGGCCCGCAGCGGCGGUGGCGCCCGGGACUACUCCAAAGACAAUGAAAGUAGCUGGUUCCGCUCCCUCUUUGUCCACAAAGUGGAUCCCCGAAAAGAUGCUCAUUCCAACCUUUUGUCCAAGAAAGAGACCAACCACCUGUACAAGAUCCAGUUCCACAAUGUGAAACCUGAAUGUCUGGAUGCCUACAACAGCCUGGCGGAGGAGGUCCUUCCAAAGCUGCACUCAGAUCCUGAUUACCCUUGUGACCUGGUAGGGAACUGGAAUACUUGGUAUGGCGAACAGGACCAGUCAGUGCACCUGUGGCGAUUCAGUGGUGGCUACCCAGCCCUCAUGGAGUGCAUGAACAAGCUGCGAGAGAACCAGGCAUACCGGGAUUUCCAAAAGGAGAGAAGUAAAAUGCUGCUCUCCCGGAGGAACCAGCUGCUCCUGGAAUUCAGCUUUUGGAAUGAGCCUUUGCCACGGGCUGGGCCCAACAUCUAUGAGCUGAGGUCAUACAAACUGAAGCCAGGAACCAUGAUUGAGUGGGGAAACAACUGGGCACGGGCCAUUAAAUAUCGCCAGGAGAACCAAGAAGCGGUGGGUGGCUUCUUUUCCCAAAUUGGGGAGCUCUACGUCGUGCACCACUUGUGGGCAUACAAAGACCUGCAAUCCCGAGAAGAAACAAGGAAUGCAGCCUGGAGGAAACGAGGCUGGGAUGAGAAUGUUUACUAUACAGUUCCUCUGGUUCGGGGCAUGGAGUCUAGGAUAAUGAUUCCCUUGAAGAUCUCACCUUUACAGUGAUGCAUCCUUUCAUCAUCCACUAGCCUUGACAACUGUACUGAGCACAUUGAGUCUUGCCAUUAGUCCCUUCCAACUGCCCUCUGCCCAGUCCUGGCUGUUUCAUUUGUAGGCUGUAUGAGUUUCCACCCCUUUUUCAUCAGGCUGUUGACCUCUGACAAGGACAGUGUAUGCCGGACAUCCUUUUUGCUAGGCUUACCACAAACUCUGCAUGGAGCUCAGAGAUGGAGUAUCAGCAUGGGUCCUAAGGCGUGCUUCUGAAGUGGUUUCCUCAGGGAUGAGCUGUAUGAAUGUUCUUGCACCUGAUACAUUCCCAGCGGCCUGAGAUUUGAUCUGAAAGUUCUUCUAAAUGCAUGGACUGUACGAAGACUGGAAUAUUAUGUGUCUAGUUCCUCCUGCAAAUAGCCCUUCUUGGAGAACAUCAGUAGCUCUGGCUGUUAGCCCAUCAGUCUUCAGUGGUACAUUCUUGUUUGUUCCCUGGACAUUUCUUUUGGUAUUACAAUCCAGCACACAUUCAGGAGCAUCAAAAAGAGCAUCAAACUCUGACCUGGCAUCUUACUUGGUGUCCCAGGUGAUGGGAAGCCCUCUUGUGGCAAGGCACAUUGUCUGCACUAGGGCAAGGGAAGCUGGACUUGAUUAAAAUGUUGAUCUGUCCAACUGCAGAGUAUACCAUAGCUAGGUUUAUCCAGCCACCAGUGAGUGUAUAUUCCUCUUCCCUGUUACAAAGAAGAUAGAAAGUUGGCAUGCCUUCCAAGAUGCCUCUCAGAGUAGCUAGGCUUUGGUCUUCUCCUUUGCAUAACUGCUGUAGACGAUAUCUGACUGUAUUUCAUUGGUACAGCCAGGUCUCAUUUUGGGCAGGAGCUCACAGGAGCAGAGCUCCAGAACCUCUUUCUUUCUUACCCCCCCCCCACACCCACCAAAUACUUGCUUCUGGGCUCCACUAUUCAAACCUCCUGUGAGAAUUUUGCUGAACUCUUUAAGAUUUGACAAAGUUUCUAAUAUUUUCCCCCACAAAAUAGGAAAAUAACCAAAAUAUAUAAAGCAGACAGAUGGAAAUCUUCAUCAGAAAUCUUCAUCAUGCCACUGUGGCCACAGAGGAGAAAGUAAUUUUAAAAGUAUGAUGGAAGUAAGUUUUUUAAUGACAAUUAUAAUUCAAGAAGCAUUGUAAGGUAGGUGCUGAGCUGAUAUAAUUUAGUAUACCUUCCAGUGAUGUCAGGGAUGUGUGGCAUAUGCAAAUGAGUUGCGCUAAUGAGUUCCAGCACCUCUUUUUCUACUAAAUGACCCUGGAUACAUCCAAGGCAUCAGGACAAAUGUUCAAUAUUGGGCAUUGUCAGCUUGCAAAGGAAGUGGCCCUAGAUGAAUCAGAGCUGUCUCUGUUCUCCCAGUUCUGGAGCUGGGCGCUCUUCCUUUUGUCAGCUCCAAGCCUCUAUGGAAAUGCACAAGACCAAGGCAGAGUACUAGAAGAGUGUAAGAGCUCUGGCUGGCUGCCUUUCUCUCUACUAUUUGUUUGUUCUCCCCUACUGAAGCCCUCUAGCUGAGCUUGUUAUGUGGUAGGAGGGACCAGAGUCAGGGACUGUAGGUCUCUUGACAAAUAUACCCCAUGUGGUGGGUAGAGUGGACUACUGAAAGCAGGCUUUUUAUGAAAACAUGCCCUUUGUAGGGGACCAUGUAACCAGCCUAACUGCACAUGUAAUAAAAUAUUUAAUAUUCUGGUAUA